ACUUCCUGUUGCACACUUUACCCGUUUUCAUCCAAAUGACUGCAGUUUUUACAAAAUGAAGAUCGUAACCUGGAAUAUAAAUGGCAUAAGGACAUUCAGAGCCGGCAUUAAGAAGGCUCUUGAUUCAUUGGACGCAGAUAUUAUCUGUGUUCAAGAGACAAAAGUGACAAGAGACCUGCUCGAUGAAAGGACCGCAAUUGUUGAUGGCUACAAUUCCUAUUUCAGCUACAGCCGAGGACGCAGCGGCUAUUCAGGGGUCGCCACAUACUGUAAAGAUAGCGCCACUCCAUUUGCUGCUGAGGAGGGUCUCACAGGUUUACUGACCAAUCAUGAAGGGGCUGUUGGUUGCUAUGGGAACCAGGCUGAGUUCUGUAGUGAGGAGUUGCAGCUUUUGGACAAUGAGGGACGAGCUAUUAUCACACAACACAAAAUUAUAUGCCAUGGCAAAGAGCAAACAGUUACUGUAAUCAAUGUGUACUGUCCACGAGCCGACCCUGAAAAACCUGAGCGAAAGCAGUUCAAACUGCAGUUUUACAAGCUGCUUCAGAGCCGUGCUGAAGCUCUACUGAAAGACGGGAGCCAUGUGAUCGUUUUAGGAGACGUCAACACAUCUCACCGGCAAAUAGAUCACUGUGACCCCAGUGAUAUUGAGGAUUUUGGUGAAAACCCUGGCAGGAAAUGGCUGAAUGGCUUUUUGCACAAUGGCAGAGAAGAAGAGGAGAGGAAUGGUGAGGAAACUGAUGAAGAAUCUGAGGUAUCUUCAACAGAUCCCAUGCACAGUGGGAAGUUUGUAGAUACCUUCAGAUAUUUCCACCCAACCCGCACCAGUGCCUUCACAUGCUGGUCCACUCUCACUGGAGCGCGACAGACCAAUUACGGCACGCGUAUUGACUACAUAUUCGCCGACUGCCAGCUGGCCAAGGAGCAGUUUGUGGCAGCAGACAUCAUGCCUGAGGUGGAGGGGUCAGACCACUGCCCUGUGUGGGGGAAACUUCGCUGCUCUCUCGUACCCAGCUCCAAGCCACCUCCUCUCUGCACUCGCUACCUCCCAGAGUUUGCUGGCAAGCAGCAGAAACUCUCACGUUUUCUUGUAAAAGUGGACCAAAAACCAAUUCAGCCUGAGCCGAGGGAAGCUCUACCUGGAUCUCAAGAAGAGGAGGAGAGGAGGGAGAACUUAAACCCCAUAGGAGCUGGUAAGAAACGGUUAUUAACAUCAGAUGCUGCUGCUCCAAAAGGGAAAAAGGCUAAGACGGCUAAAGCCUCUUCAAAGCCUCAGGGCAGCCUCCUCUCAUUUUUCAAACCUAAACCCACAAAUGUUUCCUCAACUGAAGCUUCCUAUGAAAAAACACUCAGCUCAGAUGAAGUUAGCUCAACACAAAACUCCCAAAAAGCAACAACUGGAGACAAUAUUCCCUCAGUCACAAGCACCGUACCUGAAAACACUGAUGAACACUUUGAUGGCUCGGAACAGCAGUGCACUAAAGAGGAACAUGACAAAAAGAUGACGAGGACACAGUUAACCUCACAGCCCUCCGUGGGUAACACAGAAUCCAAGAAAGGGGCAUCAUCUGUGUUUUGGAAGUUGAUGCUUCGUGGACCGCCUCCACCACCUCCCUGCAAAGUCCACGGAGAACCCUGCGUGCUCCGGACUGUAAAAAAAGAGGGGCCUAACAUGGGCAAGCAGUUCUUCGUGUGCUGCCGCCCUCAGGGUCACGCCUCCAACCCUGAGGCUCGAUGUAAUUUCUUUAUGUGGGUAGAGAAGGGGAAGUGAUGCUUUUACUCUACACAUCUUCAGUUGAUAUUUUUCAUACCAUCUGAACCUCAAACAUGUUUGUUUAUACUACUGCAAAAAUGUCUCACCAUUUCAAAGAUUUGUUUUAACCCCGUGUUACCUAAUUUUGUAAUAAAAUGAACACAGUUUUCUUAAA